UCCAAUACUCAACUUCGGCUCCGUUUCAGAUUCGUCCCAGAAACCAAUCUCCAAUUGUGGGCCUGAAGCGUUUAAAUCAAAUUGGAUUAUUUGGAGAAGUACAUGUACAUGUACAUGUAGGCCUGCAUCCACGGUGUGUACAUACAUACAUGUACAUGUACGUACAUGUACAUACUGUUUACCUGCUGUACCGUUGAGAUGGACAGAAACAAACAACUAGGAAAGAAGAUAUCAGGAAGGAGAGUUCUUCCUGCUGGAGAAAUUAUUGCUCUGGGUGCCAAAUCUCGGGCAGGAGGUAGCCAAGACAGCUCAGAGCUCCGAGCCAACCCAGAACGCAAGCGGGAAGCACCCACCGCCUCCAUAGGACCUCCGCACAAGAUUGCCAAAGUCUCUGGGCAGACCUUCACCCCGCUAGGAAGAGGGUUGUCUGACAGCAAGGCAGGGGCAGGAGAGCAUGUAGUCAAGCCGGGUAUCAAGACCAUUGAUGUUCCAGCCGCAGAAUUGUUGGAUCAGGUCCUCGAUGCAGAUGGGGCAGAAGAUGAUGACCGCAUUGAUGGUCUGCUGUGUGGUGCCCUAAAAACCUUGAAGAGCACGCGAGCCAAGCCUGGCUCCCAGCUGUACCUCAGCCUGAUGUACUUGGCCAAGAUCAAGCCAAUGCUGUUUGAAUCAGAGGAUGUGGUAGAUUAUGUGUGCAGUCUGCUCAAGAGAGACAUUAGCUUGAGCUUUAAAAGCAAGGGCAACCCCCUGGUGUCAGUGCUAGCCUGCAACCUCCUCAUGUGCGUCUAUCGCUUUGAGAAUAAUUGGCCUAUAGCAUUUGUCAAGGUCUUCCUUGAAGAUGCUAUGGGAGAGAGAGUCUGGGUAGACCACCCAAGCUGCCAUGAGUUCUGCAGCAACGUCCAGACAGCAUUUGGCACUAAGAUGCCCCCUCGCCACCUCCUCCUGCCAGUGGACCAGCUAAGACUCUCCACUGGCAACCCUGAUCUCUUAAGUGGAAGUCCACUUCGUGAUGACAGUGAUUUAUCCUCUGAGUCUACCUCUACUCAUCAGACAGAAGAUGUAGAUCUGACUGCAGACUUGCAGGCUGAGGGAGUCACUCCAAGAUACAGUCUUUUCAAAGAUAGUGUAGAGACUUAUGUGGUUGAUUUUGUGCGAGACCAGCUGACCCGUCGUCAAGGCAUGGACACACCUAGGAACUUGCUGCGUGUCUUGACUGCAGCCUGUGGCUUCCCUGAGGUUCGACUCUUAGCAGCUUCAAGGCUUGAGAUGUGGUUACAGAACCCUAAGCUGACACGCCCCGCCCAAGAGCUUCUGAUGGCAGUGUGUCUAAACUGUGAUACCCAUGACCAGGAGGAUGUGGAAGUCAUAGGCCAUCUCAUCAAGAUUCGCCUCAAAACCAAACCUCUCAUCAACCACUACAUGCUCAGCAUGAAAGAGUUGUUAAGCCAGCAUUCAGACAACCUGUCCACUCUCCUAAAGCACACCAUCUACAAUGAGUUGUCUAACUCUCGUAAUCCCAACAACAUGGCUCUCCUGGCUACUAUCUUCCAGCAUUCACCAGAGGCUUCGGCAAAGUUUUUGGCCAAUGUGUUUCAAGACUUGCUGAUGAACAGAGAUGACUAUCUGCGAGCCGUGAGGGCACUGUUCAGAGAGAUUGUCAAGUCACUACGUUAUGACCUGGAUUUCCCCUCAUUCUGCAGAGGUCUCAUGAAGGAAAGAACUGACAAACAGUUCAUUGACAUGGAGGCUCAGUUUAAGGAUCGAAUGCUACUUUCCCUGGCUGACUUGAUUGUGCUAGCUGCUCUUCUUAGUGUUAGCCCUGUGAUCAAAGAGGCAGUAGCGGCCUACACCAGGGGCGACAGGAAAGACAUGGAUGUACUAAGAGGUUUUCAAAACCAAGCCUCUGUAAUGCAAAGAGAUGCAGUAUGGUGGCUGCACACUGUGGUACCAAAGAUGUUCAAAGUUAACCAACAAGACUUCAACCAGUGCUUGCAGAAGGUGUUGUUCAUGGAGUCGUCAGAAUCGUACUGCAGUAAAGACAACUGGCCUCCAGAGUCUGACAGAUCGUUGUUACUCUCUCUGCUGUCAGAGGUCCCUGUCCUGGAAGAUACCCUGAUGAGGGUCUUAGUGAUGGGCCUGUCACGUGAGCUGCCCCUAUCAGCAGCUGAUGGAUUGGAACUAGCUGACAAGCUGGUCAAACGGGCUGCUGUCCUUUAUGCAGAAGACUUUCCAGUGCUAAAGGUUGAAAGGAUCCAGCUGAUUGAUGCAGUACUCAACUUGUGUGCCUACCAUCACCCUGAAAAUAUCCAGCUACCACAAGGUUACACACCACCUAGUCUAGCCAUCUCCAAUCUCUAUUGGAAAGGAUGGAUCUUACUGGUUGUUAUCACAGCAUUCAAUCCCACCAACAUAGGUCUAGCAGCAUGGGAGCGUUAUCCAAUGCUACGUUGUUUCAUGGAGAUGGUCAUGACCAACAAUUUCAAGUUCCCUCCACCAACUGCAGCACCUGAUGAACGUUCACAGGAAGAGGUGAGAGCAAGAGAACUCCAGGUGAUUGCUCUAGAGAAACAAGAGAUUCUUGAGUUUGAGAACCACCUGGCAAGAGUUGCCAUCACUGAGUCUAACAGUCUGCUGCUGUCCCAGGUCAUACGUAUGGAUCCCAAUGGCAUAGCCAGGCGUCCACCUGCACAUGUACUAGAGCAACUCCAACAUUACAACAAGGUCCUGAAUCUUGGUCACAUGCUAUGCCGGAGCAGGUCCCCUGACUUCCUACUGGAUAUCAUACAGAGACAGGGCACAUCCCAGUCCAUGCCAUGGCUGGCAGAACUGGUGAAUUCUGCUGAAGGUUCUCUGGAUGUCUUGCCAGUGCAAUGUCUGUGUGAGUUCCUGUUGAAUGAUAACCAAGACAGUGAUCCAGGGGAUGAAACCAAGAAGGGAGAGGCCAAGAGGAAACAGCGCAUUGACAAGCAAGAGCAGCUGCUAUCUCGACUUCAGAGUCUGGUGCGUGGGCCAGACUCCCAGGCUACUACAUGCUGUGAAGUCAUGGACUACUUCCUGAGACGACUUAGCUCACAGCAUCAAGCCAGUCGCUCAUUGGCUGCAAAGGGACUGAUGAUGGUCUUGUCCAUGCCUGAAGAUCAAGACACAAAGGAGGAAGACAUGGAAAUGGAAGAUCCUCCCUGGGCUUGUUUUACACUCAUGGCAUCACAUGAAUGGCUGUUGAAAAAUAUGCCAUCCCUCCCUCACUUUGACUCUGCUAGAACUUCUGCUACCACUGCACUCCGGCGGGCAUGCCAGAUAGAGACAGAUCCUUUGGCUCUUAGUGCCUAUGUGGUCUUUCUGUCCCAGUUUGCUCCAGUCAGUGAUCUCAAUGACCUGGCAGUGGAUCUUGCCCAGCUGAUUGUGGAGAGACCGACCAUUGUGUCCUGCAUCCUACCUCAUGAAAAAUAUUAUGAAGUAGCAGAUGUUACCCUAGCAGCCAUGAUCAAGAUAUUCAGCCGCUAUCUGAUCAAAGCUACCAAGCCUAAUGAAGAAGGAUAUAGCUGGUCUGACACCCAGGAUCAAGUUUUCCUGUACUGGCAAACUGGAGAAUCAGCUACAAUGCAUAUCUUGAUUGUUCAUGCCAUGGUCAUUCUUCUAACUUAUGGACAACCCAAAGUUGAGAGUGAUUUCCAGCUUCUACUUCAUUCCUGGUUCCCUGAGAAUAGUUCCCCUCCCCAGGCGUACCUGGUAGACACCUCAGAGGAUGCUUUGCUCCUCCCUGAUUGGCUUAAGCUCAGGAUGAUCCGAUCCAGCGUGCCAGAACUUGUCCUAGCAGCAUUGCAGGAUCUGGAACCAGCACAGCUCGUUCUCUUCAUCCAGUCUUUUGGCAUUCCAACAGCCAGCAUGAGUCAGCUUUUAGCUCACCUAGACUCAGCUGUCAAGCAGGAACCACAAGCCUUGGAGCAUGCUGUAGUAGACAAAGCCUACAUGGCUCAACUGGUUGAAGUCCAGCAGAUGAGAGGGGCAUCAGGAGGGGUGGAGUUCCACAAGCUGCUAACCAAGGGGGUGGAAGAAUCCUCUGACAAAGACAAAGACAAGGUUGAAAGUAAGAAGGAGGAACCUGUGGAAAAGAUGGACACUUCUGAGCAGGUGGUGAGACUACCUGAUGAGGAGAACCAGGAAGAAUGGUGCAAGAUGCUCAACAAGAUAUUUACAGAUGAACCACCACGUGAAUCCAAACAAGUAUUUUCAGCCAUACAACAGGAGUUAUUGAAGGACAUUCAGAGACUAAGAACAGAUCCCUUGCAUAGACCUUCAGAGAGGUUACCCAAGGCCAUGCUAAGCAUGUUGAGAGAUGGCAAGUUGCGACCUAGUCAGCUCGCCACACAGGCAAAUACCAGCUGUUCAUUGCUUAGGCUACUAUUGACGAGAGAGAAGCUUCAGAAGAAGUAUGGGCCUUCUUCAACAUUCCCUGAGUUGGUUCAAUACCUGUGUGAGGUGCUACCUACUAAGGGAGGCAUCUGGACUCAAACACUGACCCAUUGCCAGAAGGAACUUGAUGAGACCUCUGCAGAUGUCAGUGUCAAUCAAGUCCUGAAGGAGAUGAGCAGAGAUACACAAGAAGAAUCCAUUGAAAAGGUCAUGAGGGCAUUCAAACAUGGACAGACCUCAGCUGAUGAGAAACUGCUAGAGCAAGCAUGUAAGCAGCUUCUGGACAGCAACCCCAGCCAGUUAGAGCAGUUACUGACAACUAGCUUAACAGCCAGCCAUGGCAGGAGAGUACCCUCGCAGGCCAACCAACGAGUUGGAAUGCUGAGCAGGCUGUUAAUCCAUCAACAGGAAAAGCACUCAUCAGUGUCUGGCACCCAGACUACUUACCAUCCACAGCUCCUGUCCUCCACAGCUGGCCUCCUGACAGACUGGCUGGCUCUUCUAGAUCCAGAGGCAUGCCAGGCUUGCCCAGAGUUGCAGCAGCAAGCCAUGUUUGCUAAGGUUCCCCUUGGGAAUGGGAAGAGUCCAAUGGGCAGUGAGGGAGAUUGCCAGAAGCGAAUAGGGAGUGCAUACCUGCUGGCAUUACUUACCCACCAAGCUAACUGGAAAACGCUGCACAGAUGUAUUGAUAAACUGCUUGGGUUUGCAAGAAAGUCAUAUAGUUUUAGUGCAACAGCUGUGUUGGACUUCCUGUGGGCAUGCAUCCACAUACCAAAGAUAUGGCAAGGGCGAGAUACUAGGGCUUCAAAGCGUCACUCAGAAGAGGAUGUCUUGCAUCUGUCUCCUGACCAGACCUGUGCCUUGGCUGACUACAUUAUCCAAGAAGCAGCUGAUUCAUCCCAAGGUUACCAUGCCAUGUCAGAUGCUGAUGAGGGACUGACAGAGGUUGCUUCUAUUACCAUCAAGGCUCGACUGGCCUUGCUCCUAAAUGGUUUUCAUAGCAAUCGAGGAGUGGUGGAGCAUCUCAUCAAAUACCUUGGUGACUGCAGUCGGGAAACAAGCCCGUCUUGUGCCUUGUACCAGCAGCUGUUAUUGGAGCUCUACCUUCAAGUUCCUGAGACUAUACAGAACCUGUCCUUCAUCAGCUCCAAGCUACAGUCACAAGACACUAGUCACAUACCCACACCUGUUGACUGCCUUACUCAUAGAUUACUGAGUGUGUUAGCGGACAGCAAGCCAGGGGAUAUCAGCAAGCAAAAGGCUGAUGAUGCUAAUGUAGCUUGCCGCAAACUGGCUGCAGAACAUCCUGUACUUAUACUCAGGCAACUACCCAUGGUGGCUGUCUUACUUCAAGGCCGAACUCAUCUGAACCUCAAGGAGUUCCGUACCCGUGGGCAUCUCCGUUUCUUCAACCACAUCCUGGGAAUUCUUCAGCUCCUAGAGCCUCAGCUCUUUGAUCAGCCUACCAAGGUCCUGCAUAGCAUCAUAGAGACAUAUUUUCCCAUCUUACAGCACGCUCUGAUAGCCAAGAAGGCCCUUGAACCUAUCAUCACCAAGUUUAUCCAGUUACUGUACCAAUAUUCCAGCCACAGCCCCACUGAGGCACAGCCGCUACUGGAGAAACACUCAGUCCCACUCAACAAUCUAUCUCAGAUUUACCCAGACAUCCAGCAGCUCAAGUCCCUAUUGGCAAGCAUCACACUGACCAGCUCCUCUAAGGACCAAUCGGGAACUGGCGGUGCCCCUACCCAGGUGGAGUCUACCAUUGAUGAGAUCCCGGGGAUGGGCAAUCGGGAGGAGACAUAUUCCCCUUCACUCAGUGCCAUGAUGGGGGCUGAUGCAUCAUGGGAUGUAGAAGAUGUGAAGUUGUUUGCUGAGAGACUUGCUCUUGAGGAGGACUCGGAAGGCAUGGCUGAGGCAUUGAAUGAACUGGAAGAGAAGUCUAGCAGUGCAGUGGGAAUCCUACAGAACUUUGUGACUGAAUUAUCCAAUCAGAUGACAUCAUGCAACAAAGACUGCAGGGCAAUAGCAUUUGUUCUGGUCAUUCGAUACAUCAGGCAUGAUCCAAGUGUUGCCAGUAAGUUUCUGCCAGCCUACAUGGACUGUCUAAACAGCAUGGACCAAGAGAUUGUGCAGACAGCGCUAAAGAAUUUACCAGAGUUCACUUUGCUCUGCCAAGAGAAUGCUGAAGUAGUGCUGCAGAAAGCUUUCACAGUGGGAGUCAACAGUAAAUUGUCUACAGUUCCACUGAUAGCAGAAACCCUACAGCUUCUCAGCAUGGAUAGUACAACCACCCCUUCUACCACAACCCCUCCAAGCUGAAGACAGUGUCUGCAGAAUUGGAAACAAUAUAAUAGUUGUCCUUUUGAGCACAGAGCUAGAAGCUCUUCCACAUAGACAGUGUCUCCACCAUAGGCUCCUGAAGCUGAUGAUGGCUACUGAAUUGGAUGUCCAUGAUCUGCUCCCUGUUCUUACAGUUACUCAGCUUAAAAGAUGGCUCUCUUAAAAUCUUUCAGAGCUGAUGACAGCAGUGUCAAAGUUGGUUAAAUAGAGAAAGAAUGACACAGUGAUUCAGAGCCAGAGGUGUGUUGUAUGAUCUGGGUAAUGCUUCUGUCAAAAGUUUUGAAGUUUUGAAUAAGCUACAAAAGGCCUUUAUAAUACUUGUUCUGUAACUUACAAGUGCACUCGGCAAUAACUCACAGAAGAAGGUGAGAUUUAGCAUCUGAACACGAAGUGGCCAAAUCAACUUAAAUCGGCAAUGUUUUGAUAAGUCCAACAGGAUGUGCAAAAUAGCUUAGGAAGUGUCCAUGGGACACCUAGACAUCCUCAGCAAAGAAAACUUAGGAAGAAGUGUCUGCCACUCUUAUCUACAUAAUUACUCUCUCCUGAUCGGUCUAGAAUGGGCUGUACGGUUUUUGCUAUUUUGUGCCAAAGACUGUCCCACAUCAACUUCACUCUAACAAGUACUAACACAGGGAAACAGGAGUAGUGCAUAAGAGUCAGCCUGUGUGGAUGUAGACCGCUUACGGUUUGUGCUUUAUUUUCACAAGUUCUUUACCAACAAUUUUAAAAAAAUGAUCAGAGAACAUUGUAACAAUCAAAGCACCUUUACUAUCUGCAGAUUUUAUUUUACAUUGUUUGUAGACUUGCACAAGUUUCUUAUUCAGAAUAUGAAAAACUUGCUUGAUACAAUUUUACAUUUCAAAGGGCUAGGAUUUCAACAUCCAGUCACCUGUGAUUAUGUCAAUCUUCAUAUGUAUCUACUUCUGGUCAUAACACGAGCAAGUGACAAAGAUUCUCUCCUGCCCUACAAGCUUAAUGCAUAUUAACAGCUUGUGCAAAAUGGUUGUGCAGAUUUGCACAAUAAAUAUAUCACAGAUCAAAAUUGACUCCUGUAAACACUGUGAGUCUGUCUUUGAGUUUAAAAAUACUUACACUGAGUAGUAAUGAUCCUGUGAUAUAAAAAAUACAAUGUAGGACUCUGUUCUCUCUUUGUAAUAUUUGGUAAUGGCACAUCAACUUGAAGUAGUCUUUCCAGUUCUUGUAGCUUUUAGAAUUCAGCACAGCUGUACUGUUCAUGGCAUAGUAUGCAAUUCAAGAACAAACGGAGAAUCGGGAAGAAUGGGAGCAUGUGAGGGGAAAAGAUCUUGAUUUAUUGGGAGUCUUAUACGUCUUCACAACGGGUCAUAAGUAUUGUAUGAAUUAAUUCACUCUUUAGUAAUCUGUCAUAGCUGUUACAUGAGUUUAGGACUUUAUUGAAUUUGCUUUAAAAAAUCCCUUCAGGAAUAACCGAUUUUAUCAGAUAUUUGCUGUUGACUUUCCUUUAAUUUUAACAAUUCUAUUUUGAAAGCAGAUGUUUCAAAUCAUGAUUGUAAAAACUGUUAUUUUGAAUAAACUUUCCAGAUGCACAGCCAAUGUCA